AUGGCAGACACUCCAGAGGUGUUCGAAUUCACCGCGCAGAGACGCUUCCAUCAGCGAUUCAUUCUCCCCGCGACAGCAGAUCAUGGCCCUUUGGCUGUGACAUAUGCUGAUGUUGGGCCGCGUCAGCACGAAGACGGAGCUCCGGUACCUACGAUUUUAGCCGUUCCUGGUAUGGCAGGGAGCCGACUAUGGCUUUAUCACAAAGACCACUUAGCAAAUGUGAUCGGAGUCAGAAUACUAUCCAUCGAUCGCCCGGGGCUGGGCGGAUCAACGCCUGUUCCAAUCGAGAAGCGAGUCUCUGUCUGGCUAGAAACUGUGACAGCGCUGGUGGACUAUCUGUCAAUCUCGCAUGUGGUGCCUGUUUCGCACAGCGCGGGCACCAUUUACCUGUUGAAUUUGCUUGUGCACAAGAGAGAUUUGCUAUGGCCUCAGACACCAAUCGCAAUGCUUCUCGCACCCUGGGUCGAGCCCAAGCAUUCCGAUGUGUUGUCUAUGCAGAUGGCUCAGAUGCUUCCUAAGGCGGUGCUUAAUCAGUGGAACAAACUUAUUGGAUUCACCUUGACUAAGGCAACACCUGCUUUUGGUGCCAGUUCAGGCAUCCUGACGAAUAUGUCUUCCAGCUUACCCGGAAUAGGCAAGAGCCUUGAUCCCGAAGAAGCUGACGAUUGUCUUACCACAUACGGAAUGCCUGUAGAAGCUGUGGAGAAGCUAGAGAAGAUCACCAUGGAGUACAUGUUUACCGAAAGCUCCACCGGCAUCAAUGAUGAGGCGAUGAUCUGUCUGAAGAAAGGGCCGCUGGGGCUGUGGGGGGCUUGUGAGGAUCUCCCGGCUUAUGUCCGGCAAUUGGGGCAGUUGGAACAGGAUCACAAGCAGCAGCAUCCACAAGAGGCGCCCCUGCGUUUGAAAGCUAUUUUUGCGGACAAAGAUAGUAUGAUCGGCUCCAAAGGGCAGCAGUACUUUGUGCAGUGCUUUACGCGUGCCGAAUUGGGAUGUGGUGUGGCUUUCGAAUCCGUGGUAAUGCCGGGGACCGACCACGAUUCUAUUUGGUCAACGCGGACAGGAGUGUUGGGGAAACUCAUGUGGGACAUCAAGGAAAUCGCGCAGUAA